AUGAUGAAAAGAGCAGAUCUCGCCAUUUAUCUGUCCGGUGUAUUACCAAAGAUAUGUUUUAUCGUUGUUAAAAAGACGCACAAUACUCGAUUAUUUUUGUAUGACGAAGAACGAAAACUAACAGAAAAUGUAGCUGCUGGGACGGUGAUUGAUACUCAUAUUGUUCAUCCUACACAAUUUUCGUUUUUUCUCAAUGCCCAUGCGGGCAUGAUGGGCACCAGUAAUGCCAUUCUCUAUCACGUUCUCUAUGACGAAAUUGGCUUUUCGUCCGACGAAAUUGAACAGCUGACCUAUUACUUGUGUCAUUCAGAUGUGAGAUGUUUGAAGGCAUGUCGAGAGCCGGCCCCAGUUCGUUAUGCACACGAUGUUGCCUAUAAUGCGCGAUAUUUGAAGAAACGACCUAAUGACCAUCAAAAUAGUCGACAGAACGAAACGGAUGAAAAUGAAGAAAAUAAUGCAACGUUAGAUGAUAUUGAUAGUAACGUCAUAUUAAUCGACGAAAAUUUGAAAGAUUCUCAAUGGUUUUGA